AUGGCUGAUACUAAUCACAUGCGACUUGAAAAUAAUAGUCAGAAACUGGUGACUAACGGGUAUGGGACCAAUACAGCAGCAUUAGUUCGACGAUCUUUAGCAAUGGAUAUGCGGGUGGGCAGUGUUAUCAGAUUCGUUGUGUCCAAUCUCCAUGGUGUUCCCAUGGUGUGGCCACGGUCACAGCGACAAACCUCUGCCCACCCAACUGAUCCCAGGACUCUGAACAAUGGUGGAUGGUGUAAUCCCCCAAGAACCCAUUUGAACAUGGCUAAGCCCGCCUUCAUGCAAAUCGCACGAUGGAAGGCCAGUAUGUCCCCGUCAUGUACCGCAGGGUACCUUAAAAGUGGGAUGAAGUUUUCUUUGCAAGGAAAUGGGUAUUGGUUGUUGGUGACGAGUUAG